CUCCAUUAGUGGAGUCCUGAGAACGCCCUGCAGACCGAGGGUGGCCCUGCCCAUAGCUCCCACCUCAGGCCAAGAUGAGCAGCUGUUCAGAGUAACUGGGAGGACCAGUGUCCUGGGCAGCCCAGCAGGUCUGGACAGAGCCCUGCUGGCAGGAACCAUGACAGAGGCUGGGGAUGCAGCACUGUCAGUGGCUGAGUGGCUGCAGGCACUGCACCUGGAGCAGUACACCGCGCUCUUUGAGCAUCAUGGACUGGUGCGGGCCACAGAUUGCCAAGGCCUCAGCGAUGCCCGCCUGGUGGACAUGGGUGUACAACUUCCUGGCCACCGCCGCCGCAUCCUGGCUGGCCUGCUCCGUGCCCAUGCACCUCCAGUCCCAGCACCCCGCCCUACCCCACGGCCUGUGCCCAGGAAGCGUAAUGUCUUCCGCCCACUGCCCUCAGCCACCACUCCACCUGAGCCACUUACCACGACCAGAGAGGAUGAGGGACUACCCACUGCCCCACCUAUCCCACCCCGGAGGAGCUGCCUUCCUCCUGCCUGCUUCUCUACCCCUUCCACAGCUGUCCCAGACCCUGCGCUGCCCCCUGUGCUGCCCCCGCUGCCUGCCAAGCGGCAUUUGGCAGAGUUAAGUGUUCCACCUGUGCCCCCUCGCACUGGGCCCCCCCGUCCACCCGUGAGCCCUCCCUACAAAGAAGAGGAGUUACUGUCAUCGCCACUGUCAGCCUCUCCUCAGCCAGAACCUGAGGAGCCCUGGGUCACCUUCCCCCGGGAGCCUCCCCAGCCUCCUUCUCCUAGCCUCCCAGAUAUCCCCCCAAAGCCUCUUCACCGGUUCCCAGAGUUCGAUGACCCUGACUACGAUGAGACCCCAGAGGAGGGGCCAGGAGCCCCAGCUGGCGUGAUGACCAAGAAGGAGGAGCUUCCAGUGAGCCGAGUCCCACGUGCCGUGCGUGUGGCCAGUCUGCUGAGCGAGGGGGAGGAACUGUCGGACGACCAAGGGGAUGAAGAAGAGGAUGACCAGGCCUACGAGGGCAUCCCCAAUGGUGGAUGGCACACCAGCCACCUGAGCUCAUCCGUGCCCAGCAGCCUCCUGAGCCCCCAGCUCCCACCCCAUCCCAUGGAUCGACUGCCCGGGGGCCCCACCCCCAUCGCACAGGUCAUCAAGUCUGGCUGGUUGGACAAGAACCCACCGCAGGGAUCUUAUAUAUAUCAGAAGCGAUGGGUGAGACUGGAUGUCGAUUACCUGCGAUACUUUGAUAGUAACAAGGACGCCUACUCUAAGCGCUUUAUCUCUGUGGCCUGCAUCUCCCGCGUGGCCGCCAUUGGGGACCAGAAGUUUGAAGUGAUCACGAACAACCGGACCUUUGCCUUCCGGGCAGAGAGUGAUGCGGAGCGGAAGGAGUGGAUGCAGGCCCUGCAGCAGGCAGUGGCUGAGCAGCGUGCCCGGGCCCGGCUAUCUAGUGCUUCUCUGUUGGGUGUUCAAGGCUCAGAGCUGCCUGACCGUGCUGGCAGCCUGGAGCUGCGUGGCAUCAAGAAUAAACUGUAUGUGGCUGUGGUUGGGGACAAAGUGCAGCUUUACAAGAAUCUGGAGGAGUACCACCUGGGCAUCGGCAUCACCUUCAUCGACAUGAGCGUGGGCAAUGUGAAGGAAGUGGACCGGCGUAGCUUCGAUCUCACUACCCCGUACCGCAUCUUCAGCUUCUCAGCCGAAACAGAACUAGAGAAGGAGCAGUGGCUGGAGGCCAUGCAGGGAGCCAUUGCCGAGGCCCUGUCUACCUCAGAGGUGGCCGAGCGCAUCUGGGCCGUGGCCCCCAACAGAUUCUGUGCCGACUGCGGGGCUGCCCAGCCUGACUGGGCCUCCAUCAACCUCUGUGUCGUCAUCUGCAAGCGCUGUGCAGGGGAGCACCGUGGCAUGGGUGCUGGCGUUUCCAAGGUACGGAGCCUGAAGAUGGACAGGAAAGUGUGGACAGAAACACUCAUCGAGCUCUUCUUACAGCUGGGCAAUGGCGCCGGGAACUGCUUCUGGGCAGCCAGUGUGCCUCCCAGUGAGGCCCUGCAGCCCCACAGCAGCUCCGAUGCCCGGCGGCGCCACCUGGAGGCCAAAUACCUCGAGGGCAAGUACCGCCGUUACCAUCCACUCUUUGGCAACCAGGAGGAGCUGGACAAGGCCCUGUGUGCCGCAGUCACUACCACAGACCUGGCCGAGACCCAGGCGCUCCUGGGCUGUGGAGCUGGGGUCAAUUGCUUCUCAGGGGACCCAGAGGCUCCCACACCCCUAGCUCUUGCCGAGCAGGCGGGGCAGACACUGCAGAUGGAAUUCCUUCGGAACAACCGGACCACAGAGGUACCUCGGCUGGAUUUGAUGAAGCCCCUGGAAAAGCACUACUCUGUUGUCCUGCCAACUGUGAGCCACAGUGGCUUCCUCUACAAGACCGCUUCUGCUGCCAAGCUGCUGCAGGACCGCCGUGCCCGGGAAGAGUUCAGCCGGCGCUGGUGUGUCCUUAGUGACGGGGUCCUGAGCUACUAUGAGAAUGAGCGGGCAGUGACCCCCAACGGGGAGAUUCGGGCCAGCGAGAUUGUGUGCCUGGCAGUGCCCCCUCCUGACACCCACGGCUUUGAGCACACCUUUGAGGUGUACACGGAGGGAGAGCGACUGUAUCUGUUUGGACUGGAGAGUGCAGACCUGGCUCGUGAGUGGGUCAAGUGCAUUGCUAAGGCGUUCGUGCCUCCCCUGGCUGAGGAUCUGCUGGCCCGGGAUUUUCAGCGGCUUGGGCGCCUACCCUACAAAGCUGGUCUGAGCCUGCAGCGGGCCCAGGAGGGCUGGUUCUCUCUCACCGGCUCCGAGCUCCAUGCCAUCUUCCCAGAGGGGCCUUGCGAGGAGCCAUUGCAACUGCGGAAACUGCAGGAGCUUUCCGUCCAAGGGGACAGCGAGAACCAGGUGUUGGUGCUGGUGGAGAGAAGGAGGACACUGUAUAUCCAGGGAGAGCGGCGACUGGACUUCGCGGGCUGGCUGGGGUCCAUCCAGAAAGCAGCGGCCAGCUCGGGGGAUACGCUGUCGGAGCAGCAGCUGGGAGACUCGGACAUCCCCGUGAUAGUGUACCGCUGCGUGGACUACAUCACGCAGUGUGGCCUGACCUCCGAGGGAAUCUACCGCAAGAGUGGACAGACUUCGAAGACACAGCAGCUGCUGGAGAGCCUGCGGCAGGAUGCUCGCUCUGUGCGCCUCAAGGAGGGCGAGCAGCAUGUGGACAAUGUCUCCUCGGCCCUCAAACGCUUCCUGCGAGACCUGCCUGAUGGGCUCUUCACACGAGCCCAGCGCCUCUUCUGGCUGGAGGCUUCAGAGAUUGAGGAUGAGGAGGAGAAGAUCUCCAGGUACCGAGGGCUCCUGGCACGUCUGCCACCAGUCAACCGGGCCACAGUGAAGGCCCUUAUCAGCCAUCUGUACUGUGUCCAGUGCUUCUCCGACACGAACCAGAUGAACACACACAACCUGGCCAUCGUUACAACUGGCCACGUGGUGGAAGACCUCAUCAACCACUAUGUGGUGGUGUUCAGUGUGGACGAGGAGGAGCUGAGGAAGCAGCGGGAAGAGAUCACCGCCAUUGUAAAGAUGCGUGUGGCUGGCACUGCCAGUGGGACACAGCACGCCGGUGACUUCAUCUGCACUGUGUACCUGGAGGAGAAGAAGGCAGAGGCUGAGCAGCAUAUCAAGAUCCCAGCAUCCAUGACAGCUGAGGAGCUGACCCUGGAGAUCCUGGAUCGCAGGAAUGUGAGCAUCAGGGAGAAGGACUAUUGGACCUGCUUUGAGGUCAAUGAGAGGGAGGAGACAGAGCGCCCCCUGCACUUUUCGGAGAAGGUGCUGCCAAUCCUGCACGGGCUGGGCAUAGACAGCUACCUGGUGGUGAAGAAGUACCAGUCCAUGGAGGCCAUGUUGCUGUACCUGGCCAGCCAUGUGGGUGACACCAAGCAUGGCAUGAUGAAGUUCCGCGAGGACCGCAGCCUCCUGGGCCUGGGCCUGCCCUCAGGUGGCUUCCACGAUCGCUACUUCAUCCUCAACAGCAGCUGCCUGCGGCUCUACAAGGAGAUCCGGAGUCACAGACCUGAGAAGGAGUGGCCUGUGAAGAGCCUCAGAGUCUACUUGGGCGUGAAGAAGAAACUCCGGCCACCCACCUGCUGGGGCUUCACUGUGGUGCACGAGACAGAGAAACACGAGAAGCAGCAGUGGUACCUCUGCUGUGAGACACAGAUGGAGCUCCGGGAGUGGUUCGCCACCUUCCUCUUUGUGCAGCACGAUGGCCUGGUGUGGCCCUCAGAGCCCUCACGCGUGUCCCGGGUGGUCCCCGAGGUCCGGAUGGGCAGCGUAUCGCUGAUCCCCCUGCGUGGCAAUGAGAACGAAAUGCGCCGGAGCGUGGCUGCCUUUGCCGCGGACCCCCUUUCUCUCCUGAGAAACAUGUGAGUGCAGGAGCCAGUCCCUGGCUCUGGGAUUCUUGCUGCCUGGAAGCCUUCCUGUUCAGACACCCUCAUGCCCUGCGUGCCUGCCGUGAGCCAGCAGAGGGCGCAUGAGGAAGCUGCACCCCACAUUCCACAUCCAGACUGCAGCAUGGGGAUCCCUGGCUGGGGUGGGGGCAGCAGGGCCUAUCUGAAGAGGAACCCCGCACCUGCUCUGUCCAGGUGCUCAGCCCUCCUGGCCUGGUCUGCUCUCCCCCAGGGUCACCCACCCUGAGUUUGAGAGGUUGGAGAGAUAGGCAUCAAUCAGGAGCUCUGGAGGGACACCAUCCUUCCAGAGGCUCGAGGCUUUGGGGCCCCCGCUGGAAGGGAGCCUGCCGCCUUGCACCAACAACAGAAAGCUGAUACUCUAAGGAACACUCAUUUGGGGGGAGGCGGGGGGGAGCUCUUGGGUAAGUUUCUACAGGGCUGAGAAGUGGACUUGGGGGUCUUCAGCCCCUCUUCUGGUCUGGGCUGCCUGGGAUGGCCCAGGUUGCCUGGUGCCUCUUCCCCACUUUGGGGACCUUUUGAUACUAUAAAUAUAUAUAUCUGUGUAUUUUA